AUGGAAACCGAAUUGGCCUCCAAGGCCAAUAUGGCCACCCACUUGGCCUCCAAGGCCAACAUGGCAAGAUCACCUACUACGACAUCUACCACACCACCGACAACCACAACAGGAGCACCUACUACGACGCCUACCACACCACCGACAACCACAACAGUAGCACCUACUACGACGCCUACCACACCACCGACAACCACAACAGGAGCACCUACUACGACGCCUACCACACCACCGACAACCACAACAGUAGCACCUACUACGACGCCUACCACACCACCGACAACCACAACAGGAGCACCUACUACGACGCCUACCACACCACCGACAACCACANAUGCAGAUGCAGAUGCAAAAGCAGAUGCAGAUGUAGAUGUAAAUGUUGAUGCAUACGAAGAACAAACGAAAGAGAAUGACGUCGAAAAUGUGGAGGACGAAGAAUACCAGGAUGAAAACGACAGUGGAGAGACCAACGACAUAGAAGCAGAGGACCCUGAGCAGCCAGUCGAAGGCUACGUAGUUCACGCAAGAAGCGGGAAUAGACCCAUCAUUUUAGCAGUAAGCCAGCGCCGUAAUCCAUUUAAAGUAUAUGGUGACUACCUAGGGUAUUAA